CAGUGCGAGAGGAGGCGGCCGCCGGGAGCUCAUCGCACAGCAGAGUUGCUCGAGAAGUUUGGAAACUGAGCAGCAGCGGAGCCUCAGACGAACUGCAGAGCCAGUGGCUUCUCCAGCUGGGAGGGGAGGCCCCAGGCCCCGAGCCCAGCCUGGCCCCUGUCAAGAAGGUCGCUGUGCAGACGGGCCCCCCGCGGCGUGGCUUGGCGUGUGUGGGACUCCCUUGCAAAUCCAUGUACCAGAAUGGCUUGUGAAAUUAUGCCUCUGCAAAGUGCUCGCGUGUCCCAAGUGGGCAGUGUGUCAGCCAGUGGAGAACUUCUAGAAAGAACCAUCCGGUCAGCCGUCGAGCAGCAUCUUUUUGAUGUCAGUGGCCCUGGAGGCCAAAGCUCAGAAGCCUCAGAGCCUCGACCCUCCUCAGCAUCUUCCAGCACAUCCGCCAGACAGCGACGGCGUCUGUGCAUGCAGAGAGACGAAGCUCCACCGGACCCAGACCUGGGACUUCUCAACAAAGAAAAUACUUCGCCUGGGUUCAGCAAUCUUGGUGAUUGUAUUUUGAAUACUCAGGCAGUGGAAAUAUUCCAUGAAAAUACUUCUGGGCAUAUUGAAGAAGGAAGCAAAUAUAAACAUCAGAAAUCCAGUACCAAACUUUCUGAGCUCAAUGAAAAUCAAGAAGGUCUUGUGAAUAUGGAAAGUCUCAAUCCCACGCCAUCUCAUGAGAGGAAGAGUUCUGGUGUUGAACUGGUAUCCAGCGAAAGUGUUUCUAGCGAAGAUAACGAAGGAGACGGUGACUGCAGCCAGCAUUCUGAGAACCCCACCAUGAAGAUCCAGGAGCAUCCCGGCCUCCCUGACGCCAAGCUGGCCCGGACCCAGGAUGCGGCCGAGCAGCAGCCCGAGAGCCCCGAGGUGGCCCCGCUGGACCUGACGGCGCUGUGCCCGGAGGAGCCCUGGGGAGAGCCAGCACCCACCGUACCUUCCUGGCAGCCGGAGACCGGGUCCACGGACGACGCGCGCCUGUCCCCGCAGCCCGGGCGCCUGAUCCGGCAGCUGCUGGACGAAGACAGCGACCCCCUGGUCUCCCCCCGCUUCUACGCCUACGGGCAGAGUGCACAGUACCUGGACGACACGGAGGUGGCACCUUCCCCGCCCAAUUCCCACUCCUUCAUGCGGCGCCGCAGCUCCUCCCUGGGCUCCUACGAUGACGAGCAGGAAGACCUGACGCCCGCCCAGCUCACGCGGAGAAUCCAGAGCCUCAAGAAGAAGAUCCGCAAGUUUGAAGACAGAUUCGAAGAGGAGCGGAAAUACAGGCCUUCCCACAGUGACAAAGCGGCCAACCCAGAGGUUCUGAAGUGGACGAAUGACCUUGCCAAAUUCAGGAAGCAGCUUAAAGACUCAAAGCUGAAGAUCUCCGAGGAGGAGCUGGCCCCCAAGAUGCGGCAGCGCAGUAACACGCUUCCCAAGAGUUUCGGCUCCCAGCUGGAGAAGGAAGAGGAGAAGAAGCAGGAGCUGGUGGAUAAAGCCAUAAAGCCGACCGUGGAGGCCACGCUGGAAUGUAUCCAGAGGAAGCUGCAGGAGAAGCGGGCCGAGAGCAGCCGUCCCGAGGACAUCAAGGAUAUGACCAAAGCCCAGAUUGCAAACGAGAAGGUGGCACUGCAGAAAGCACUGUUGUACUACGAGAGUGUCCACGGCCGACCGGUGACCAAGAAUGAACGUCAGGUGAUGAAGCCACUGUAUGACCGGUACCGGCUGGUCAAGCAGAUCCUGUCCCGUGUCAACUCCGUCCCCAUCAUCGGUUCUCCCUCCACCAAGCGGAGAAGCCCCUUGCUGCAGCCCAUCAUCGAGGGCGAGACCGCCUCCUUCUUCAAGGAGAUCAAGGAGGAAGAGGAGGCUUCCGAGGAUGAUAGCACCGCAAGACCAGACUUCAUGAUCACUCUGAAAACUGAGUUUGGAGCACGCUGCUUUUUGGACCAAUUUGAAGAUGAUGCUGAUGGAUUUAUUUCCCCAAUGGAUGACAAACUGCCACCAAGAUGCAGCCAGGACACUGGGCUUUCAAACCUCCACGCUGCUCCGAUACCAGAACUCUUGGAACACCUUCAGGAAAUGAGAGAAGAAAAAAAGAGGAUUCGAAAGAAACUACGUGAUUUUGAAGACAGUUUUUUCCGGCAGCACGGCAGGAAUGUUCAGAAGGAAGACCGCAGCCCCAUGGCUGAAGAGUACAACGAAUACAAGCACAUCAAAGCCAAGCUCCGGCUCCUGGAGGUUCUCAUCAGCAAGAGAGACACCGAUUCCAAGUCCCUGUGAGGGGCUGCCCCAUCCUGAGGCGUCGGGGGGAUUUGCUCCCUGCCUCCGCGGGCCCAGAGCAGCUCUGCCGAAGCCAGAAGAUCCGCUUGGUUCUGGACCUGCCGAGUCCCGUGCCCCUUCUGCCUUCCAGGCCUUUGGGUUCAGUUCCCGUUACCUGCCUUAGAAACGCCUAGAGGGAAGGAAGCAACCUGCCCUGGGUAGGAAUUUUAUAAGGGAAAGUCAAGAUUCCUGCACAUGUACAAGCGUGCAUGCAUGCAUGCAUGCGUGUGCGUGUGCGUGUGUGUGUGUGUGUCCACGCAUGGACACGCACACACACUGAUAGACACACACUCACAUAGUUGUGGGAAUUUCACUAAGACUCGCAGUGGUGAUGAGCCGUGUCGUCGAGAUUCAUCCGCAGAGAACAGAGGCCGUUCUUCCUCGGUAACUGACAAACGCGAGACCGUUCUCUGUCAAACUGUGAUCAAAAUCAGCUCAGGAUUUCAUUCUGCAGAGCGAACUCUCUGGGCACGUCCGUGCUCCUUCUGGACCCAGCCAAGCGGGAAUCUCCCUUGGAGCCCUAUUUGCUGCCUCUCCCGUUCUUGUGACCUUUCCCGACUAGUGUGAAUUAUUUCCCCGCUAGCUCUCAGGUAGCUGGAGGCUGCAUCUACCCAGAAGAGUCUGGAAAGCGUCGAUUUGACGCCGUGUUCCCAGACUUCCUCGGUGGACAAAGGAUUGGAUCCCUGACUAGGAGAGGAAUCGUCGGCAGAAGACAGGUGGAACAAAGGAAGACAUCGUUCCGUUCCUAUGCGUUUGUCAGGUGACAGCAGGGUGAAGAGCCCAGAGGACUCUUGGCUGAACGUUGGCUGUGAGCAUCGGUCUCAGUUUUUGUCAUGAUCCGUCGAGGCUUGGAUGGCCUGCUUGGGGCUCCGUUUUGUGAUGGCGUGUGCCAAGCCUCCAGGGUCUUGCUUAACUCCUAAGUCUAAGGGAUCAUAAGACAGAAAGAGCCUGUGUUCUCAGCCUCCUGGGAACUCACCAGGGUUGAUUUUUUUCUUUUUAUUUUUUAAGCUGCACUAAAAUCCCCUCACUGAAGAGUCAAUGUAGCUUUCAGAGCUUAGCCAGAGGCAGAAUCUAAAUCACACCUUUUCCAAGAUCACGGACAAAAGAGGGGGGAAAAAAAUAACGGUGUGUGGCCCGUUGUGAUUUGAAAUUUUUUUCAGACUGUGUCACAAACCUGUCUAUAUUAGACAUUUUGGAGGGACCAGGGAAUCUCGGACUUGGCAUCCUCUCUUCCUUGCGCGGAUGCUGCUUUGUGAUUGUUACUUUUUCAGCCCUCUCUGUCUACACUGAGAGCGGGUUGGUCCUAGUUUGUGCUGAGGGCUCCCGCGUGGGGUCUGCACACCAGCCCUCAGUGAGAGAGAGGGCUUCGUAGCCCCUACCUCUUGCAUAUACUGUUGCUGUAGGAACAGGAACCAGGGAGACCCCCUAGAUGUUCUAAGAAUUUUUUUUUCUCCAAAGGUCCCAUUUGUUCCAUCUCCUGAGUAAAGGAGCAAAAAGAGAGAGAGAGAGAGAGAGAGAGAGAGAGAGAGAGAGAGAGAGAAUGUGAAACUUGACAUCAGCGGUUAGCUUCCAAAAUGGGUUCUGUGGCUGAGGACUUGGCCCUCAGGAGAGCACUCGCCUUGCACAUGGGGGGCCCGAGCACAGACCCCGGCACCCCUGGACCCAAUAAAGGGAAUGGAGGUGUCUAGAGCAAUGGGCCUGAUGGAUUUAUGAGCAGCAUUUUCCUUGGCUGACAUGGGUCAAUCACACUCUCUCAAAACAUAAUCAUCCAAGCAGGGAGAAGGAGGGAAAGAAUAUCUUUGAAUUUCCUUUAAAAAAUAUAUUCAUAUAGGGGCCGGAAAGAUAGUUCAGUUGGGUAGGGCGUGUCCUUGUCACGGCUGACCCCCUGCCCCAUAUGGGGCUGACCACCACCCCGACGAGUGAUAUAUGAGCUCUACUGGGUGUGGCCCCGAAACCAAAAACAAGAAAAAGAAAAAAAAAAACAUGUAGAAGCAUGAAGUUCCCUGGUUUAAUCCACACACUUAAAAGAUGGUACAUAACCUUACACUUUAAAAUGUAUGUGAAAAUAUAGUUUGGUAUUCUUUGCUCUACUGUUUACAUUGCAGACUGAUAGAAUUUCCAGGAGUUAUAUUAUAAAUAAAUGAUAUGAUGCACUUUAGGACAUUUUCUACUUUUGAAAUCGGAACAUGAAUUAUUCACAUGACCAAAAAGAAGAUCAUAUUUUUAAAAAAGAAACCUGUUUAGUCUGUCCUUUUAAAAUGAUCAUUCUCUAAAUGAGCUAUAAAUGUGAAUCAAACCAUUACCUGUUAACGUUUCAAGCACAUCUGUGUAAGCGUAUUGCUCUGGAGAGAGGGAGACGCGACGGAAUUUUAAAAGAGACAAACACAACUAGACAACUGAGAAGCUACUCGAUGUUUUUGAGGUCUUUUGUUUCUGCCAAAGGUAAACGAAGUAAAAGAUUUAUUCAGGAAUCCCCACUCGAAUUUGUAUGAUUGAAUAAACUCAAACACCGAGGAAAAUAAAUUCUGUAUGGA